AUGAAUGAAUUCACCAUGGACAAGGAAAGCCGCGCUCAAAAAAAAAAAAAGAAAAAAGAUGAAGGACAAGGAAGUGCGGGAAGCGACGAGUGUGGGGGACCUCACAGCGCAAGCAGUUACGAAGAAAACGACCUAGGCCUAAACAGUGAUCCUCCCGACAAUGAUGCCUCAGAUAGCCAAGAUGAAAUGAGCGACCUAGAUAAUCUUCCAGAGUACGAAAGGGAAUUGAUUCUGGCCAAGAGACAUGAAGAACACAUGAUAAAGGAACACCGAAGGAUUCUACUAAAGAAGGUUAAACCCAAGUUGGAAGCAGAAGGAAGAGAUCAGGACGAUGAUGCCAAUUAUGUAUUGCAGGGGGGCAAAUUAGUCGCCACUCCUGUAGGUAGUAAAGCCGCACUAGGGAAGGGGAAGAAGAAAGUUGCCCUUCCAGCGAUGGACAAAGGAGACGUAUCGGGUGGUAGGUCUACCAAAGAAGGGGUAAGAGGAGGAGAAAAACAAAAUAAACAUAUUUUGAAGAUGGGAAGGGGAGGUACCACUGUGGAAAAAAACUUACACAAAAGUGAUUCACAUGAUGAAAUGAGGAAAGGGAAGGAUUCUUCUUUAUCACAAAUGCAGGAGAGGGAGCAGGUAACUAAGAGGGGAGAAAGGGAAAAGUUUGGUUACCAAACUGGUAGAGGGAAGGGUGGAACAAAAGGGGACGACGCCAAGGGAAGGCGCUUAAGCAAAGUGUACAGUGAGACGGAGGAGUCUUCCCCCUCAGACGAUUCCCUACGUAGAAAGAAGAGCGCAAAAAAAGAAAUGAAGAAAAAGGAAAUUUUACACACACAGGAGGAGGAGCAGGAAGGAGGAGUUAGCAAACUGUUCGAUGUGACCUCUUCAGAUGAGAGGAACGAGUUGUACUCGAAUGACAAGGGGGAGAAGAGAGAAGACUGGAACAGGAGAAAGAAAGUGUUGAAGAAGGGCUCCCACUUGUAUGAAAGUAAACAACCACCGCGUCAUAAGCUGUCCGACUAUGAUGAUGGUGGUGGUGAGGGGUAUGACAGCCGCGAUAGUCGCGAUAGCCGCCCACGUGAGAACAAGAAAAAGAAGAAGAAGAAGAACAACAAGCGGGCAGACCGCUCACCUAGUAGAAGCGUGACAAAAGAUCACCAGCAAGGGAAGAGACUGUUCGACGAUUCGAAAGACGGAAGUGAUUAUUACGCAGGAGGAAAGGGAGAGCAAUUUGCAAAGGAAACAUUAACACCUGAACGGUUAAUACAACUUUAUAGAGAAGAGAAAAAAAUUAAAAUGGAAAUUUAUAAAUAUAUGACCUACGAAAUUAUCACCUACUUUCAAUUAAAAAAAACCUUACUCCUAGACAUGAGUGAGCAUAUAAAUUUUGCUUACCAUGUCAUUGGUCACCUGGUUAAAGUUAAUGAUGUAAAUCUCCUGGUUAGACUGUCCAGUGGGGAAAAAAUAAAAAAUGACCCACUCGGAAAUAACCCCCGUGGGGGCACCGCUGGUAGUGGUAAGAAUGCCCCCCCUGAAGAGAGAAGGAAGGUGAAAGACAUGAACGUAGCCAAUGAGGAAGGGGCCACUACGAUAGCAGAAGAACACACAAACCAAAACGUUAAAAAAAAUAUUUUCUUCAUAACCAACGUUGUGCAAAGUGAAAAUUAUUUCUGCAUUGACAGACACACAAAUGUAAAAUUUGAAAUAGCUCAUUUGGAGAAUGUAGAAGAUGUGAAUUUCUUCACUCGAAUGAGGAAUCAAAUGAUUAAAAACAAAAAGCUACACAUAAAUGAAUUAACAUCACAUGAUAAUUCUUUCGCCCCCCCCCUCAUCCCCCAUGCUGGUAGUAGUACCUACCUCUCCGAUCUGAAUAACAUAUCGGAACAAAAAUUUUCCGUGGAUGAGUAUAACUGCAUAAAAUUAUUUUCCAACGAUUUGCAAAUGUUAAAAAAUUUUCACCAAUUCUUAAGAGAAAAAAUUGAAGACUUAAAAAACUUUCGUUAUACAGAAAGACAAAUUGAAGAGUUGAUUGAAAUGAAAAAGAAGCAGAGCUUCCAUGAAAUUUUUCGUAACAAGAAAAGUUUGGAGUCUGUGCCCAUCUCGCGCAUCACUGUGCAACGGGAAAUUUGUUGCAUCCAGCGGGAAAUCGAUCGGCUCCAUUUUGUGAAGAAGAAAACCAACCCCCGGGACCUGCAUGCCCUGGCGCAGCUGGGGCAACAGAUUGAUGCCCUCACGAGGAAGAAGGACAUCCUGAAGGGGCAGUUGCAGAAGGCGCGAGCCACGGUGGCGCCCAACAAAACCCUUGAAGGUGCCCACCACGAGCGAGAUAAAAACGUCGCCAAGGAAAAGACCCUCAAGAGUUACAGGACAGCCCCCCUCAUGGAGGAACUCCCUCACAAGUUUUUAGGGGUGGAGGAACGGAGAGGCAUCUCCCAACUGGCCAAUUACAUCCACGAAGAAAAAAAAAGCUUUAUAAAUUUUGUUACGAGGAAGUUUCUGGAUCUGCCUCUGGACGCGCACAACAGAAUUGUCAACCAUUUUCUGCUAGGCUGUCUACAGAGGGAUCAGGCCUAUUUGGACAAGCCGCCGUUGGACAGCUCGGAGGAGGAAUCGGGGGAGGACUACCAUCUCUUCGGGGUCAACAUUGCAAAUCGUGUAACUCCCUUCGAGGAGCUCAAGCAGAAGAAUUUUAACUGA